CGACUGUCAAUCAAUUCAGGAAUGGCAGACGCAAGUGUUGAUGAGGUGCUUGCUUUAAAGAACCAGUUUUAUUUGGGUUCAUUCCAGACUGUCAUCAAUGAGGCCACAAAUCCUGCCACUACUCCCCGCACGGAGACGGGAAAGCUUGACCGUAGAGUGUUGCUGCAUAGAGCAUAUAUCUGUCAUGGCCGUUUCAAUUUAGUGCUUUCAGAAUUGUCUGCACAGGAAACAUCCAUGGAACUGCGUGCAGUUCGUAUCUUGGCAAGAUAUUUAGCAAGCAUGACGGAUCAACUCCAGCAGCAGGAAGCUGUUGCCGAUGCAGUCGCUUUGGCUGAAAUGAUUCCAUUUGAUGUCUCUCCUGUGGUAUAUGUGCUUCUUGGUACUGUAUUUUACCACGAAGGUCAAACUGAAGAGGCUUUAAAGCUGCUAGUUCGUGCACCAAAACACCUUGAAUGCAUUGCGUUGGCGGUACAGGUUUACCUUAAGAUGGACAGACCAGAUCUCGCAAAAAAGGAGCUGGAUUUAUUUAAAUCUUGGGCAGAUGAUGCCACUCUUGCUCAACUGAUUGAAUCUUGGGUUAAUAUUGCCGUGGGCGGGCCCGAGAAAUAUCAAGAAGCAUACUAUAUCUUUGAGGAGAUGGCCAAUACUGGAACCAGUACGUGCAGACUACUGACUUCUAAAGCAGUAGCCAUGAUCCAGGCACGAAAGUUUGAAGAGGCAGACGCAAUCUUGCUCGAGGCACUCAACAAGAACCCAAAUGACCCUGAUACUCUUGCCAACAUGGUCAUUAUUGCCACAGCCUUGCAAAAGCCAACUUCCGUCUUGAAUCAGUUUAUGAGUCAACUCAAGGAUGUAGCCCCUCACCAUCCGCUGGUGCAAGAGCAGUUACUCAAAGAGUCGCUGUUUGACAGAUCUGCCAUGCGAUUUUCUCAAACUGCAUAGGUUGAUUUUGGCUAGGAUUUUUGAUAAAAUGAACAAGGCGGUAGCUGAAAUCAAUCGAGAUUCAUCUUUUC